GUUUUGUGCAAUCAUUGCCAAUAGGUCAAAAUGGAUGACCCCACACUGAAAGAAAAAAACCUGCGUUUUUAUACUUGUCGUUUUUCGUAAAUUAACCAGUUCUGAAGAGUGAGUUUAUAUACGGCGAGCUCGGCUUGGUUGCCUGUAACGACAGAGUGGGGAGCAAAGGUCUUUUUACAUGUUGGCUUUCAAAUUAACGCAUAGACGACAUAGGCGUUUUGCGUAGUGUAAUCACUAUAGGAAUACUGUGUUGAAAAGCGACGGUGGGUGUUCGCUAGGGAAACUGUGUGGUAGUCAACUGAAUGAUACACUUUGUGAUAAUCGUGAUUCGAACCAUAUAGAGAGAACCCACGUACCCCCCUGUUUGAUCCGGCAAGACCUGUGCUUAAAGGAGGAUAUCUUAAGAUCCGUGCCUUUUGACAUUUUGUGUUGGCAGACUCUAGAAUCAUGGGUGAGCCUCCACCCCCAUACGAGCAGACAGCUCCUGCCUACCCGCCACCCCAACCCGGACACCAAGGAAGUUACCCGCCACCCCAACCCGGACACCAAGGCACCUACCCACCACCACAAGGUGCAUACCCGGCCCCCCACCAGCAGCAACCAGGACCAUACCCACCACCCGGAGCCCACCACCAGGGAGGCUAUCCCAAGCCAGCCUUCCAACAACAGCCUGGGUAUGGGUACCCUCAACAACAAGGUGGAGGGUACCCAGCGCAACAUGGGUACCAACAACAGCCCCCUGCUCAGACCAUCCUUGUCGUGGAUAACUCAGCAGCGCAAAGACGGCAAGAUAAACAAGACGCUGACGACGCAUGUUGCAUGAUGGCGCUGUGUGCUAUCUGCCUUUGCUGUCUUCUGAAUAACUAAAAACACUGAAACAACAUUUAUUCCAGAAAUGAAUGUUAACGAAACGAAGUUGUGAUAUUAGUUUUUGGUUUUUACCCUCACACCGAUUUGUGUUAGCUCUGUAUACUCAGUACUUUCCCGAGUCCUGUGAACA